AUGAGCACCUUGACACUUAAACAUUACUCCCAAAUGGAGGCGGAGCGGCGCUUUCGGCUUCCCACUAGACGGGAUCUUUUUCACCAGCGCAUUCCGACAGUCAGAGAGGGUGAUGCAAAGCAAAAAAUGGAGGAAAUACGUCUCUACGUGCACAACACCAUGGAGCUGUAUGAAAAGGUCUUUGAAUGUGUGGGAACGGAAGAGGGUUUUUUUGUGCAACCAGUUCACAAGCUUCGCCAUCCGUUGAUUUUUUACUACGGUCACACCGCCUGUUUUUACAUCAACAAAUUGUGCGCGGCCGGGUUUUUUAAGCGCAUUAACCCAAGGUUUGAGGAAGCUUUUGCCGUGGGCGUGGAUGAGAUGAGUUGGGAUGACCUUAACGAGGAGCACUACAGCUGGCCUACCGUGGAUGAGGUGACGGAAUACCGUCGGGCCGUCCGCGACCACGUCAAUGAGUUGAUAUCCAGUGGAGUGUACAAGCUGAAUCUUCCCCUGACCUUUGAGAACAGUACAGCGAGCCUGGAUAAUUCCUUCUGGUGGGUGAUACUUAUGUGCGCUGAGCAUGAGCGUAUUCAUGUGGAAACUGCGUCCGUGCAUGUGCGGGAGCUUCCCAUGCGAUUUAUCAAUCCCGCUAUGUCUUCCUUCUGGCAACGAUGCCACGAGGUGAGUUCAAAGGCUCCUGUAAAUGAACUAAUUGAAGUGGGCGGCGACAAAGUGCACGUUGGGCGCGAACCGAAUUCUUCAGUCUACGGGUGGGACUGUGAUUACUCCGACGGGAAUUACGUCAUUGAAAUACCCACGUUCAAAGCGAGCAAAUAUGUUGUUUCGAAUGCGGAAUUUAUGGCCUUCAUAAAGGCAGAUGGCUACAAUACACAACGCUACUGGGAUGAAGAGGGUUGGAAAUGGGUGCAGUGGAAAAAGCCCCAGCACCCGUGGUUUUGGGUUCGUGAUGAGUCUCGCCCCGACGGCUACGCACUUCGUCUUCAGACCGAGUUAAUUGACUUGCCGUGGAAUUGGCCAUGCGAAGUAAAUAAUCUCGAGGCGCAUGCGUUUUGUAGGUUUAAGAGUGAGAAAACUGGAAAUAAUAUUCGAAUGCUGACCGAGGCAGAAUGGUUGCUGCUGUGGGAUAGGCAUGUGGGUAAGGAUCAGAUGUGCUGGGAGAAUAAGGCACCUGGAAAUCUCAAUCUGGAGCACUUUCAAAGCAGCUGCCCGGUGGACAAGUUCCAGCAUGGAAGUUUCUUUGACAUUGUUGGUAAUGUUUGGCAACACUGUGAGACAAAAGUAUACCCCUACCCCGGCUACAACGUUCACCCUUUUUACGAUGAUUUCUCAAUGCCCACUUUUGAUGGUCGUCAUGCAUGCAUGAAAGGUGGGACAUGGGUCAGCAGCGGAAACGAGGCCACGCGGGACGCCCGUUUUGCCUUCCGCCGCCACUUCUUCCAGUACAUUGGCCUCCGCUACGUGGAGGCCGCUCCGGCGAACGAGGAGCGUUACUACCGGAGUGUUUUGGGACUUGACCCCGAGGUUGACGUACUAACCGAGGUGAGCUUUGGCGAGCCCGUUAAUGGUAUUCCAAACGGCUGCGUUAAGAUUGCAGAGUACGCCAUAGCUCAGUUCAAGGCUUAUGCCAAGGUUGAGGCAAGGUGUGCACUGGAUUUUGCCUGCGGAGCUGGUCGGGUGUCCUUUGAGAUGUCCGCCUUUUUUGGACGGGUGAUUGGCGCGGAUUUUACGGCCCGUCACCUUAUUCCGGCGUAUGCCCUGCUGGAACGGGGUACAUGCACAUACAGCACCUUGGACGCCUCCUCACAGAAGCGUGUGGGAAGGUUGGCUGAGGCGUCAAACUAUUCUUGGGGCGACACUCGUAACCGCGUCACCUUCCUUCAGUCUGAUCCUGCAAACCUUCACAGUCACAUGACUAACUUUUCCUUGAUUGUCUGCUGGAACACGCUCGAGAGGGCCUUGGCCCCUGCCGCAGUCCCACCGCAUCUGCUGGGCCGACUGGAGGAGGGCGGCCUCCUUGUCAUUGGAGGUCAAUAUGAGUGGAUUGAGGGCAGAUCACCAGUGAAGGAAUAUUGGGAUGCGACAGCUUCGUCUCGUGUGGGAAUUCCAGAGGAGGAAGUGUACAAGUUGCUUGGAGCUGAAUCUGCGGUCGAGCGUGUUGGGGACCCCAUUGACGUGAUGGUCGCGUUCCCAGCGUCGGAUCGUGUGGUAAAUGUAAAAAAAGUGUAUUUUACCACUUACCGGAAGAAGGUGAGUCACUAA